AUGACCACACAAAAACGACGAUUGUGGACUGAGCAAGAAGAUAGGAUUCUCCACAAAGAAUCAGAGUCACAGCUUAUAGGAGCAGAAGGCAGAGUAAACGACUGGAAUACAAUUGCUGCAAAGCUUCCAGGCCGUACGAACAAGGACUGUCGUAAACGAUGGCACAAGAUCGGCCCUAAUAUCCGAAAGGGCACAUGGACAGCAGAGGAGGAUGGCCGACUGCAGGAAGGGGUGAAUACAUUUGGCUUGAGAUGGACCCAAGUCGCAGAGGUAGUCCGAACUCGCAAUGCAGAUCAAUGCUCCAAAAGAUGGCGAUACGCCCUCAACCCCGACGUAAGCCACAGUCCCUGGACUGAGGAGCAGGAUGGUACCCUUCUCCAGCGUGUUGCGGAGUAUAGUCACAACUGGAGUAAAAUCUCGACCACUACGUUUCGAGAUCGAUCGACGGUUGAUAUCAAGAACCGAUACUUUCUCUUACAACGCAGACAGCGCGACAGCACAGCAACCAGCCCUAAGGACCUCUCGAGUAUCGAUGAUGAGAGCCUACCUGAAAUCAGCUGGACAGACGCCGUGCCCCAGCAGGAACAGCAAGAUACAGCCCUAGGCGGACCAGUGAAGUCGGCCCCAGAUCAGACGGCGACGACGACGGCGAUGGUUGACUAUCAAAUUUCGAGAAGCACAGACCUGCAGGGGGAUUACGCAGACCUCCUGGUUCCAUGCGAGGAUACAAUGCCAGUGCAUACCUCUGAUGCGGACUACUUGCAAUUUCUCCAGAAUCUCGACCCAGCCUUGGUGGUGGACGAGCUUUCGCAAGCCCUAGACGCAAAUGCAAGCGACGAUUUGCACCCAACUAGGCCGCCGACGUCGUCGACGGCCGAACCUCACAAUGGUUCUCGUCUCAGUACGCUAACUCUGGAGGGAUUGGAGCCGGACACAGUGAAUCUCGUGAUAAACACGUUGCUGACUAGCAAUUCUCGGUUUCGAAUGAAGCUUGAUAAUAACUAG